AUGACAUCUUCAGCCCAGGCCUCCACCAACCUCGACGAACUCCCAGCUCGACCUCCAACUCCUCCUCGAGAAUCUCUCCCGGAGAAAACAGAUCCCAUGAAGGCCUCAGUUAACCGUGCAUUCGACCCGAGAUUGAGCCUUCAGACACCGCCGAGUGCUAAUACCCCUACGUCGACCGGGGCAACCAACUCGGGUUCAAUUUCGAGACGGUCAAGGAAAAAAGUCGAAUGGUCGAGCCAUACCGAAUACAAAGAUCCUCCUGAUCUCGAGACGUCAAAGUUCUUCAGAUCCUCGCCUAUUACUACACCUUCCGCCUCCUCUAGACCCAUCAAGGGUAUCCUCAAGCCGUCACCAUCUCCGAAUCCCCUAGCAUCCUCUCUCAAUGGCCAGUCCAACGGCCUCCAGAACCAAGCCAAUAUCGCCGAAAUGUUGGACUCGACCAUCAAACAGCUCGCUGGUUCCGACCGGGAGAUGCGACUCGACGCUUACAUGAUGCUCUCUCGGGCUCUCAAGGCCUCCAAUAACUUGCCCGAUAGAGUUGCCUUGCAAGGAAAGAUGAGCCUGUUCAUGUCUUUUAUUGAGCGCGACGUUAAAGCCAAGAAUGAAAAGGGAACUCCUGACUCUUCUCUCGUCAACCAUGCCCUCAACCUCUUAACGACCUUUUUGCAUUUUCCCGCCAUCGCCUCGACUCUCACGUCCGACUUCGGCAUCUUCAUAAUCGACCAUUGCAUUCGAUGUUUCUUCGACCCAGCACUCCCCAAGGACCUGGCACGUCAUCUUAUGCAAGUAGUCGCUUUCCAGUCCUUCUCGCCCAAAGUAAUGUCUUCUGAUCGAGUUGGCCGGUUAGUUACAUCCUUGCACAAUAUCGAGAAUAAUUUGACCGGGAAGAGCAUCAUCAUGGGUCGCAUUCAGAUAUACAAGCGACUCAUCAAACAAUCUAGAAUGCACAUGGCUGUUUAUACAGACUGGCUGAAGGAUAUGUUUACGGAUAUGCUUAGUACGGUCCGAGACAUCAGAGCUCAAGCCAUCAGCUUAGGCACAGAAGCAGGCUUUGCACUUCGAAACGAGAAGAAUGUGCUGCGUAAGGUGACUGAGAUUUUACAAACCCCGGAAAACAAAGAAAGCAAACCGAACUCCAUGAUCUACAUCCAAUUUUACAUGCGAAAACUCGAGGAGAUGAUCGAGAAGAAAGACGACUUGUCGGUAGUCCCUCAAAUAUGGGCUGUAGUGACGCUCUAUCUACAAUGCCCUAUCAGUCGGUGGGCGCACUUUGCUAGGUGGUUCAGGAUCGUGCAGGACUCCUUCAAUGCGAACGAUUUACAGACCAAGCUAGAGACCAACUUUGCCUGGAACAGAUACGUCUAUCUGUCCAUUACUAGCAACAAGAUGGUGCCUAAGUCUUUGGGUGCCCUCGGACAGCCGCUUGCAAGCCAAUUGCGCCGCAGGAUCAACUCGAAACAUACGGAGGAGGCUCUGAGGCUCCGAAGAACAGUCAUGGGUGGUGUCUGCAACCUAUACUACUAUGCCUUCCGACCCAACAACGAUAUGCAGUGGACUGACUCAGCCUGGGAUCUUGUUCUUCAACCUCUGAUGGGACAACUCCUGAAUCUCGAUGGAAAGAAUGAGCUGGCCCCGGACUCAGUAACACAAGUGUCACGCAUCGUUACAGGACUCUUGGAUGUCUCUACUCCGAGAAGUUGGAAAGAGGAUCGAAUCAGGGACACGGCACUGAUAAGCCCCGAGGAGCUGCCCCCAAUCGAUUCUAGGUGGACUCGCCGAAAUUCCGAGAAGAUCUUUAGCCUCGUUGGCCCUAUCUUGGAAAGGAAGUUCACUGAUUUAGCCAAUACUGAAAGCUUGACCUACAGGCUCUGGCAAACAUUCGUGGGGUCCAUCGCUGUCGCCUCAGCAAAGGACAUCAAGGUGGCCGAUGAGACCGCACGUUUCAUAGCUCAAUCUUUCGAUGUGCUAUCGAACAUAUGGGCCAAGGGAGUCCCCGAAGAGACCGAGUUCUCGAGCACAAAAUUUCUGUCAAGUGUCCAGCACUAUAUCGAAGUCCUUGUUCGUAAUCUUGGUCUGCUUUCAUUUACUGAGAAGAAACUGUCUAUGUCUCUCGCCAAUACGUUCGAGCCUGCUCCAACGCCCUCCAACCGGCUUGAUUCCAAGUCAAGCGGAACCGUUCAAAGUCCGCUGUUGCACCUCUUCUCGAUGCUCAGCGCCAAGCCCGCAGGCGUUGCUGAUGAUGACAGCCUCGCUGAGUGUUUUCUGUCGAUCUUUGAGCCGUUCUUUCAUGACAAGCCCAAUAAAACUCGCGUUGAACUUUCACGUGAAAUGCUUCGACUUCUGCCACGGGACACUCUUUCACCCUUCGGUCCAUGGAUUCUCGCUGCCGAUAAUAUGCAGUCUCUCUUAAACCACAACACGGCUCCGUCUAGUUCAUACCCACCCAGUAGCGACAAAUUACUCGGACCCGAAUACCGAGAAAUCGUCUCUCUCCUCGAACGAGGACUUCUUUCACACCCCAAUCUUCCAGAAGAACGCUGGUUCUCCCUGUUUAACCUUCUGUCGGACCACAUUGUCAACGAGUGUGGGGAUGCUGGCCGAGCACUAGGUCUUGUGGAACCAUUGGCGAAGAUUGUUACCGACAGCUUCUUUGAAGGUUCCGACAGAUCGAAUGGAACGGCCUUGUCCAUAGCAGCUGCACUGUUCAAUGCUGCAAAACUGCCUCGCGACCGUCAGGCAGUCGAGGCUGCCAGAAGACGACUUUGGGGUGCACCUCCAACCGCAUCACGAUCGUCCUCAUUCGACCCGUACCAGCAUCUUUACCAGCUUCAAAACCAAAGCAUGAAUUUCUUGUAUGAGAACGAAACUGAGUGUGCUGAGGAGAAGAUGGUGGCUUAUGUCAAAGCUGUGGAUGCCUUCAUUGUCGCGGCCUGUUCCAAAAAUGGCAUCAAAACUCUACCAAAGCUGCAAAUUGGUCUUGCUCCUUGGAUACAGGAUGAGCAAACGCACAAAUGCUUGCGAAGCGACUCUCCUGUUUCUGGACCAAUGCGAUCCCUCUGGGACAACAUUUGCGCGCAGCUUUUAGUACUUGGCCGAUUAGAUAAGAAGGAUGUUGACACCAUCGAGCCACUCUUCGCCGCCGGGUUCAGAAGCAAACAUCGUCAUGUUGUGAACAAGAUGGCGGAGACGUGGAACGUUCUGGUAAAGGACGAGGAGAGUUUGGAUUGUUCCGAAAGCCUCAAAUCAAUCAUAGCCUCUCUUCGUCCAACAGUUGAUGUCUUAUAUCCGGGCAUGGAAGAGUCAAGCGGUGAUUUUGGUGCUCAAGUUCAGUCAUUUGUGGAAUCACAGGAUGACUUGAGUUUCGUAGCACUCUCAUCGGCCAAGUCGACAGGCCCAGAUAUUGAGCUAACCCUUCCACCAGCACCCUCAAUGACACCACUGAGUGCGAAAGGUCCACUGACGCGGAAGCGCCGUAGGGAUGCGACUCCCGACUCAGUCAAGACGAAAUCGGCCAAACGAACCACCACCCCUCGUCUCCGCCAUGACAACUCUCAGAUCCAAUUUGCUCCAAUUGUCUCCUCGCCACUGGUUGGGGAGUCUCAACAUCUCACAGAGAGACAAAAGGAAGUUCGUCAACGACAAGAUGAGAAUGUUGGUCUGUAUCCUGGUAUUCAAUCCAGUCCUCGGACACGGUCGCAAGUUGCUGCUGAGGAGAAACCCGAAGACUCGAAACCUAGGAAUGUCGAAACUACUCCUGAGCGACCCGCGUCAUACGAAGAGUUUAUUACUUCAACCCCAACCCCUCGACGGGGUCUGGCUCUGCACCUUGAGGGCAUCAAUGACCCGCCCUCGUCGCCCCCCGAGCCGAGACGCAAUCCUCUCUUGUCUGAGAUUCAAACUCGAUCGAAAGCUAGGGACUCGAUGGAGAGUUGGCAAUUCUCGUCUCCACCUGGAACACCCUCCAUUGACCUGCAGGCCGUAGAAGCUCUACCAGAAGCACAAACCCCGACUAAGAGUAGCUCAUCGGUUAAGAACAAGCGCUCUAAGCGACGCGGAAGAAAGUCAGGAUCUUCUAAGAGGAACCAAGCUAACUCCUCCAAUGCUUCGAGCCAGGAGGCGGCGGAAGAGGUGAGCGUGUUGCCGAAUGCCCCCCAGACACAGGAUAUGGAAGAGGCGGAACAAGGGAAGAGCGAACUACCCAACCACGACCAGAUGGGUAGCCCUCGGCCAGCGGAGAAACUCCAAGAAACACCAAAGUCCGGCGAUGAUGAAUUUGUGGAUGCUCGGACAAGCCCCGUUGCGGCUGCAGACAACGCAGCGCAUCCAGUUGCCCAGAAACCAGCACCCAGCCAGAACCACGAAUCCUCUUUUGCACUCAGCGAAGGAGAUGAAAGCAGCUUCAUGCGAUUCGUAGUCGAGCUUGAAUCAAGGCCAAAUCAUCAUGAAAAGUUCGAAUCUGUCUCAGUUUCCCCUGAGAAGACGAAACGUGUUUCUCCCGAAAAGUGCAUUGAGGUCCAAGGUGAUACCUCGGCCGAGGAUGAACCUAAGGCUACAACGCAAACCUCGCUGGCAGAUGUUGUUCCCUCGACGCCUAUAGAGGCCGGGUCGGAGACCUCCGAGGUUCAGCCUACAAGCACUCGAGGAAGUAGGAGGAAGAGGAAGCGAGGUUCUUUGUCCACCGAAACUCGCAGCAAAAGGAGGCGACCGGCUCACACGCCAGCACAAGAGCAACCUGGGGAUAGCCAGUCAACUUCUCAAGAACCAAAGUCGCCUGUGUCAACUGUACGACGAUCUUCAAGACGAAAAUCGGGACAGGUGAGCAAGGAUCUCCAGAACAAAGAAUCUCAAGUGUCGCCAUCCAAGAAAGCAAAGCGAUCAUCUAUGUCUCAAGCGCCGCAGACAAGAUCAAAAGCGGCUGAUGUGCAGGAUGGCGGUGAUACAGAUGAGGAGUUGAUGUCACAACUAGUUACAGAGUCUAUUGCAGCAUCGCAGAGUCAAGAGCCAGAGCUUGAGGUCGAAAUUCCUGACGCACUUGUUCCAGACUCUAUGGAAGAUAUGUCAGUCGACGAAGAAGUGGCUAUAGAAGAGCCGGCAGUUGAACUGCAGGACCUUGUGGAAGAGGCUCAGGACGCAGUGGCUGAAACUGAGCAGGCGGAAGCAGAGGAGGAAGCCGUCGAAGUCAAGUCAGACUCCAUCAUGGAGACUCUACGUGGUGGACUGAAGCAGCUACAGGGAGCAGCAUUAUCUCGCGAUGAAGUAUACCGAUUGGAAGAUAUGUUGAUGGAUAUGAAGAGAGAGCUCUUCGAAGCGGAACGACGAGGAAGACUUUAA